UCCCAUAAAGAAGAAGAAGAAGAAGAAGAAGAAGAAGAAGAAGAAGAAAGCUGCUUAUCGUCGAAAGUGAAGGAUAAACAUAUCAGCAAAAGUGGAAAACUAACACCUACAAUCGAGAACAUAUGUUCUGUAUGCGGGCAACACUGAAUGUCUAGCCACCGGUGGUCUUCAUCAGACAAACUCUUCUGCUGCUUCAGAAUAAGGUUUCUGGCAAUAAAUCUACAGGGGCUUCAUCAUGGUGGAGGAGAAGAAAGAUUGGAUAAACAACAACACAGGCCUUCCACCAAUUCAGCAGAACAGGCCUGCUUUGUCAUGGGAAUCAAAGGUCAAGAAAAAGGUGAGGGCUCCCUCCUGUCUGGGCAUGUUCAGACCUGUUAUGGGCCAAUGCUGCCACCAGUGCACCCCAGACAGUCUGGGCAAGAAGCUUGGCCAAAACUCUUUCCUUGGCUUCCGCAACCUGCUGAGCAUCAACGAGACACAAACCAGAUAUCGAGGCUGGUUGGUGCGCCGGGUGUGCUGCAUUUUGUUUGUCAGCGGGUGCAAGGUUUACGGGAGUCCCGUUAGCGACAGGUUGAAGAGAGUUGGUCAGAGCAACAGGGUGAGGGAGGUGCUUGGAGCGACCCAUAAAGCACCCGAGGGGGAAGACAGCCAAGGACAGCUCAGUCUUCUUUCACCGUUCCUUCCCCUCAUUAGCACCUGCAUUUCCCCUGGCCUCAUAAGAUUCCUGUCCUGGGUGAUGCUGAAGAUGUUUGCCUCAGUGUUUGGCAGUAUUCAAGUCAACAAGAACCAUCUGCCGGCUUUAGACAGAGCAGCACAAGAGGGCUCUCCCCUGGUGUAUGUGUAUGUGCGUCAAAGCGCCUUGGACUGCGCUCUCAUCCCUCUCGUGCUCUUCUGUCACAGCCUGAGAGUGCCAUACACUGUUUGUCCUCUCCACAUUAAAAGUUCCUUCCUGAGAUCUAUUUUACAGAAAGUGGGAGUGGUCCUCCUGCCUUUGUCUGCAGCGACUGAGCUUGAAGCUGAAAUGCACCCGCUCUACUCUGCUGUCAUGACCUCCCUGGUACGUGAGCUGCUACAUGAGGGUCAGGCAUUAAGCGUUGGUGUGUCAGCGGAGUCAGGCCACGGUGGGCAGUGGCUGGCUCGCAUCAGGCAGCUCAUCAAAGAGGGAUCUGUCCCUGAUGUCAGUCUGGUCCCUGUGGGCAUCUCGUACGACUGUGUGACCACGACCGACGUAAAGGUUGGCUUACACUCUGUGUUGCAGUGGCUGUUGUCACUUCUCUGGAAGAAACCAGUAGGAAGUGUGAUGAUCCACAUUGCCCAGCCAUUUUCCCUUAAGGAGAUGUGUGAGUCUGGGCGGUGCAGAGUAGAUGAAUGGCUCCCUCUACAGGACCUGUUGCUCCCUGUUGUCCUCAACAACAGAGCUGACUGUGUGUUUGGGAAGAGACGGAUGUCGUGGCUUCUGCCUACGUUUCGUUCUGCUCCUGAACUUGAAGAGAAGAGUCGCUCAGAUAGAGACAUCAAUGUUGCCAUCGUCCUCCACCUCAUCUACUCGGCAGCUUCCUGCACCGCUGUGAUGUCCACCAGCCUCGUGUCCAGCCUUUUGCUCUACAAACACAGCAAGGGCGUGAGUACAUCUGUCCUGUGUCGUGACGUGGCCUGGCUCCUGGAGGAGCUCUUUUUCAGAAACAGAGACGUUGGCUUUGGAGGAACUCUUCCAGAAAUUGUCCACUACUCACUUUGCCUGCUCGCGCCUCACCUCGUCAUUGCUGCAAUGCCAUUAGGGAAGGACCCAAUCGUUGUUCCUCGUCCGUCCUUUUCUUCCAUCAUUCACCUCUCUCUUCAGGCCCAGAAGGUGACACACGCGUUUAUACUGGAGGCCGUUGGGGCGUGCGCGGUGUCGGCCAUGCUGUGCGAGGUGGUCUUCAGCGGCGCCAGCAGCCGGGUGAGGACUGACGGCGCGAAGGGAGAGGAGGUCAGAGGUGACAUGGAGUUUGAUGUGGUGCUCGGUCAGUCAGAGCUGACGGAGAAAGCCUUGCAGCUUUGCCAUCUCCUGCCUCCGGGCAUGAUGCCACCUUGUCAGUCGGCUCAGAGUUUUGCCCUGGAUGCUGUUGACAGUCUGGUCCGCUGUGGCAUCCUGGUCAUGGAAGAAAUUCCCAGAGAUGUUCCCAUCUGUGAUUUCUGGAAAAAAGAAGGUACUCUGACCUGGACCACCUCCGACGACCCUUAUCACAGCGACUCUGACUGCGAAGAGCCGGACCUGUGCUCAUACAAGAUAAGCCAGCCCAGGCAGUGCCCAGAAAUGCUCUUCUUCUUCUGCAGGAUGUUAGCUGGACAUUUGAGGGCGUUGUGCUGGACCACCGCGGCACUGGACGGCAUGGACUCUCCCCUAGCUGAAGCCGAAUUUCUAUCUCAGAUACACUCCCAUCUCCGUGACACAGCAAAUCAGAAGAAACGGCACUAUGAAAGCUGCUCAGAGGAGGCGGCUCACACUGCAGUUAGAGCGCUAAUGGACCUCGGGGUGAGUGACAGCCUCCCUCUGUGUGUGUGUGUGUCUCUCUAAAUCUGCCGGCGGAGAAUUACAGCUCCACUCGGUGCUGAA